GAUGGAUACACAAAUAGAAGAACUCCCAGACAGCAUUUCCAGGAUGAGCUCUCUCAAAGAGCUUAUUCUCGAUUCGUGCCGUUCAUUCAAGAAGUUGCCUGAGUCCAUUGGUGAUCUAAAAUCUCUAGUCAAGCUUGACUUGAGGCAUACACAAAUAGAAGAACUCCCAGACAGCAUUUCCAGGAUGAGUUCUCUCAAAGAGCUUAUUCUUCUUUAUUGCGAAUCACUCAAGAAAUUGGGCGAUGGUGUUGGAGUAUUAGAGAAGCUUGAGAAAUUAGAUUUGACAGGUUGUACUGAACUAGUGAAGCUACCAAGAUCAAUGGGAGGAAUGAGAUGUUUAGAUAGCAUUAACCUGAAUAAAAUGAAAAUUACUAAAUUUCCUGAUGAUUUUUCAAUGCCCCCAAAUUUAGUGGAGCUGGAAAUCAAUUCGCUGAGGAGGCUUGAAUCCUUCCAAGUCGAUAUGUCACCCUUGAAAACCUUGAAGAAAUUAAAUAUUCAUGAAUGCGAGAAGUUGGAAUACCUCCCGGAGCUUCCUUCAAGUUUAGUUGAACUUUGUUGUAAAAAUUGUGUUUCAUUGGUACGACUUCCAGAUUUGUCAAAGCUGAAAAAUUUGACAACAGUAAAGCUUAUGAAUUGCGAAAAGCUAGAGGAGAUUCCAGGCCUUGAGGGAAUAGAAUCGUUGGAAGACAUGUAUGUACAAGGCAGUUAUAACUUGACACAUACUCCAAAGAAGAUACAGGGAACGCUUUUACCAUUCAACAGGUCACUGGAACUUUGUUAUAAUUAUUCCUUGACUGCCAAUGAUGGGAUCGAUAAUAAUGGGUUAAUUCUUUGCCUUGUUUUGGAAUUCUCCUGCUCCCUCUACUACGAUCUCACGUUGGAAGAGUUUGAUAAUCUAUCGGACAUAACUAUAGAUGUUUCCGCUUGUAUCCACAAAAAAGAUAAAAAAAUCAGGUGUUUUCAUAGUCUCAGAAUUAAGGAUAUCGAGUAUUCAACUGAGCGAGAUACAAUCUACAUUCACCGUUUCAAAGGCUUUGAUUGGUUUGGGAUUCCGUUGCAAGAAAAAGAUGCCAUUGAGAUUUUAGAUAUCAGUACAUACAACAACGCCACUGUGAAAUUCUGUAAGGUAUUGUUCAAGAACAGGGAACCUGACCAGAAAAUCCCUAAUUGGAGUGCCUCGAUGGUAGCAAAUUUAUUCAAUUGGUCGUACGUGUACGACGAUGGUGGAGCAGUGACAUUAAAUUAUUGGCCCCACUUGCAAGAUUUCUUGAGUUGUAUGGGAUUUGACCCUGUUUCUGAAGUAGUGGGGAACGAAGAAGUGAUUCAGAGUCUUCAAGACAACGAUGAUGAGGCAUCAAGUCCUCGUUCUCUAAGACUGAGCUUAGCAUGCUGGCCACGAGAGGAGGUUGAAGGAUCAAAUUAUGUUCCUAAAGAAAAAGAGGAGAAAGAGGAAGUGUUAACGAGGGCUACAAGAAACUACAAGGACGAGGAGGCAUCAUCAUGUUCAUACCUUCUUACCCUGGCUUUAACAACAUCGUCAUCACCACCACCACCACCACCAUCACCAUGUGUAGUAUUGGCAUCUCCCUCUGACAAUGACAAUGACAAUACCGAAGAAGAAAAGGAGAGGAAUAACAUUUUCCAUACAGUAGAUUUCUUGAGUUGUUUAGAUUCUGUUUUUCAUGUAAUGGUGAAAGAUGGAGAGAUGUUGAGGCCUAGCAAGAGACCUCGUCUUCCUGAUCUCAAUGAUGAUGAAGCAACGGGUCCUUCUCUUAGCCUGGCUUUGAAUAGCGAGGUUAAUCACCCAACAAAUGAUGAACAAACAUGCAAUGCUACUGCUGUAAUGGUGGAAGAUGGAGAGAUGUUAAGGCCUAGCAAGAGACCUCGUCUUCCUAAUCACAACGAUGAUGAGGCAACGGGUCCUUCUUUUAGCUUGGCUUUGAAUAGUGAGGUUAAUCACCCGACAAAUGAUGAACAAGCAAGCACUGCUACUAGAAAUGGCUCCGAUUAACCUCGAACUCUAUAUUGGUCGAUUUGAUGAUUCCUAGAAAUGGCUACGGAGGAUUCAUUUUUCUAGCAAUAUGUUACUGGUAUGAACACCAAGCACAACCAAGUCAGUUGAAUGAGAAUCUUCUUACAUUCUAAUCUAACCUUUCUAUGGGAUCCUUG